UUGGCCACAGCUGUGUGCUACCUAGUGUUCAUCUUCACCCUACCUGUAUCGCUGAUAUUUACGCUCAAGGUUUCAAAAAGUUACGAACGUUUUGUUAUUUUUAGAUUGGGUAGAUAUAUGCAGACGACGAAUUCAGGGUACGCUAUAGUCCUUCCAUGCAUCGACAGCUGGGCUAGGGUGGAUAUGAGAAUGAAAGCAUUCAGUGUUCCACCGCAAAAAGUUAUCACAGUAGACAGUGCUGUCAUAGAAAUUGGAGCAGAAGUGUUUUAUCAAGUAUUUGAUCCAUUGAAAUCCAUCAACAACAUCCAGGAUCUCAACCAUUCUACGAGAAUCAUGUGUCAAACAUCUCUCUUGAAACACGUCGGCAGGAGAUACUUAGCUGAACUGGAAACCUCCAGACAAAGUAUCAUUGAUGGUUUGAAAGAUGAAGUGAAUGAAGCAACCAGACCGUGGGGAGUGGCAGUCACCAAGAUUGAAUUAUCUGCUCCAAAGCUAUACUCAAAACCUAACCAGCUCAAUGAAAAUUCAAAUAAUCCAUUAAGUUUCUUGGGACCAGUUCUCUUUCCACCUGGAUCUAGUAAUCCGCCCAUGGAACAACUUCAAAAUUAUUUUGGUUUGGGAAACAAGGAAAACGCAGAAAAUUCAGAAAAAAUGAAAUCAAUUAACUCCAUCCCCACAACAAAAAUGGACCAGAUCAGAAAUGAUACAAACUUCAUCAACUCUAAAAUUGCAAAUUCAGUUGGAUACUUGAUGAGUUUGGUCUCUGCACAAUUGAACAGUACACUGGUAAGAGAAUUUGAUUUGUUGUACAAGUUCGCCAUAACACCAAAUGAUCCCAACCAAGAUAAAAACGAUAGUGUAAUCUUUUUUCUUGAUUUGAAAAACGGAGAUGGAAAAGUUGGCAUAGGUUAUCCGUACUUAGUCGACCCUGAUGUCGUUCUAAUGAUGACUCAAGAAGUGUUGCAAGAUUUGAUGGAGCAACGCAUCAGUCCUUUCAAUGCAUACAUCGGUGGUCAGUUGUCAGUCUCUGGUGACUUGAGGGGCGCUAUGAAGCUUGGAAGUUUGAUUGAAACCUUGAAG